UCAGCGCCAAAUCUGUCUUCCUCACCGGUGUGUUUAUAAUAAUUUUUUGUUAAAACUGAAGAAUUUAAAUUUUUUGGUUUAAUAUUUUUAGAUCGGUUUCUAUAAUAUUUUUAUACGAAGGAAAAAAGACAAUGCAUAAAAUUAUUUGUAAAAACGUACCCGAAGCUCUUUUGAAUAGAGAAGCAGCUAAAAUUCACUUCCGAAAAUUUGGGAGUGCUAAAAGAAUUGCCUUUAGAACUGCUUCUCGAAUUAUCACUGUGGAAUAUGGUGGAGAAGAGGCUGUUGAGAAAGUUCUCCAAUAUGGCAAUGUCUACGAUAAUAAAACAUUUAGUAUUUCUAGAGAAUCAACUAGCGCUAAAGAAAAGUCACGAAAUAGAAAGAUUAAAUCUGUAAAAGAUGUUAUGAACAUACCAGAUGAUGUACAGGCUGAAUUAGAUGCUAUGGGAGGAGGACCUUCUUUAGCACUAGUCGGUAAAAGUGUUUCGAGAAGAGAAGUUUUAAGCAAUGAUACCCCUAAAAAAGGUUUAAAAAGACGAGGUACUGUAGAUAAAGAAAAAGUUACACCUAAAAAAAAUAGAUCACUAGCAUUAUUUAUGAAUGAUGAGUAUCAACAACUUCUAGAAAUAAUAAAUCAACGUGCAAUCACAAUUGAAGAAAAAUAUAAAGUUCUGGAUGCAAGGGACAAAAUCUUACGGAUUUUACAAAAAAAAAAAGGUGCCAAUAGUGGUCCCACUAAAGGUACAUGUCCUGAUAUGUGUCCUGAAAAAGAAAGACUUCUUAGAGUAAUACAGCAUCAAGUAUCAAGUUUUGAACACAAUUCCAACAAAGAAAUGGAUCCAAAUCUAGCUGUGAAACAGUACUCAAGGAGUUCUGCGGAUCAAGAAUCUCCAUUACCACAUGAACUGAGACCUGUAGAUUCUUUACUGAAUACUAUGGCAUACUUGAUCCAUGAUGUAUAUCCAAUAGGAGACCGUUCUAAUGUAAAUUUCGGUGAGUGGUAUCAUUUUAUAUGGGACCGCACACGUGCUAUUCGUAAAGAUAUAACACAACAGGAGCUGUGUUGUACUCAAACUGUUGAGAUGAUUGAACAGUGUGCUAGAUUUCACAUUCACUGUUCAGCCAGAUUGGUUGCAGAGGAACCAUCUGUGUUCGAUCAAAAGAUCAAUACUGAAAAUUUGACAAAGUGCCUACAAACCUUGAAGUACAUGUAUCAUGAUUUGAGGCUCCAAAAUAUUCUAUGUCCCAACGAAGCAGAGUUUAGAGGGUAUAUCAUUCUUCUCAAUUUGAAUGAUGACAACUUUAUGGCUGAGGUUCAAAGACUUCCAAAAGAAAUCCAAGAAUCAAAAGAGGUCAAGACGGCUAUGAAAUUCCAUUCUGUGCUAAAUGAAACGAAUUUCGUAAGGUUCUUUAAAUUGGUCAGAGAAACGACUUAUUUGAACGCCUGCAUUUUGAUGAGGUAUUUCAUGCAAAUACGCUGCCACGCUUUGAACAUGAUAAUUAAAUGCUAUACCCCCAGACAUGCAAAUGUUACUUAUCCGGUAAGCACCUUGACUGAAAAUUUAGGAUUCGAGAGCGAUAAUCACACUAUUAAAUACUUGGAGGAAUGCAAUUUGGUAGUGGAUCAAUCCAAAAUGCAAGUUAUAUUGGACAAGUAUUCGUAUAGCUCUCCGUCCUUCAAUUAUACAUCUCAAGAUCGUUCGAUAAAUUUGGUCGAAUCUAAAAAAGGAGAUGAAACACUGGAUUGUGUUAUUUUUGGUGGUCCGAUACCACCAUAUAUUCCUCUAAAAGCGACGAGCAGCUUCAACGAUGAAGGUUAUUUAAUAGACUUCCUUCAAUAUAACAUACAGUUCGAUGAUGAUGAUUUAAAUGAGCCAGUACCCGAGAAGCAGGCCGUGCUAUUGAAGACAUGCAUUCCCGAAGAAAGCAGUGAAGCGAUGUGUUGUGAAUCUGAAGAGCCAGUCGCACAAGAGGAAAAAGACGAUGAGCUCCUAUCGCAGGCUGCGGGUGUAUCUCCAUUAGAAGGGCAGUUGACCGAUACCGAAAACCGUACUCAUGAUGACAUUCGCGAUUUAUUAAACGUUGAUGAUAAUGAUACAGUAGAAUCCAACAUGAAGGAGAACGCCUCUAAAUUCAAGGACACCGAUACAUUUGUCGCUAAAUCUAAUAGCGUACCAUAUGAUUAUCUCUUAAAAUCGUUCCCUUUGGAUCGUAUGGAUGAGACGCCAGACAGAUCAAUAUUUCCAACGUUCAAAAUUUGUGACCAUGAUAUAAAAAUAAGAGCUUCUUGCGAAGAUUCAUGGAGGAAUUUAGUUCAAAAUAAUGCAUUGUCAUUGUCCAAUUUGGUAAAAGACAAUAUUGAAUAUUGGUCGAAGGCAACUGAUAUUUUAGGCGGAACAUCUUCAAGCGUAGAAAUGGACGCGACAGAUACGAGGGAAAACAAUGAUUGCUCGUUCAGCCGUAUCGUAUCGCCUCCACAAAAAAAAAGUAAUCUCUUAGCAAAGACCCCAAAGACUUCACCCGAUGAAAGCAAACUAGAGGAGGAAGGAAGGGAACUGGCAAGGAAUAUUAUAUCAAAAAUCAUAGAUGAGGAAGUUGCAAGAGAAGCACAUGAAGCAUUAGAACUUUCAAGAUCUAAACGUGAAAAGGUGACGAAAGCUGUUGAUGUAUGGAGAAGAUAUGUUAUAAAAAAGAAACAAGAGCGGAGCUUAACCGGUUGGUGUACCGGUAUGAGUUAUAGCGGAAAUUUGAGAAGGAUCGCGCAAGACUACAGUCUCAAACUACAAGAGAUACCUCAAGUAAGACUGAUACCUAGGCCAUUUGUAUUGGAUUUUUCGCUCUGGGAUAGGCCUUCAGUUAAGUUAGAUUUGCAUCCGUUUGCCGACAUCCUCACUAAACGUUAUCAAAGUUUGAGAGUAAAAAAAACUAAUAAUGUAGCAUCGAGUAUUUACUGGAAGUGCAUUAUAUCUCAACCUGACCUGAACCAUGCACCGGCACGGUCCCUGUAUGUCAAGCAAUCGUUAGAAAAUUAUAUAAAUUGGAAAGACAUUCGUACUCCAUUCAUAAAACAAAUAUGCAGUAAAAACUCUAUAGUCCGAUGUUGUAUCUCGAGGGAGAUAGGCUGUGGUGACUUGACAAAUGACGCAAGCGGUAUAUUAUUCAUCGCCGAUUCUAUGAACGCCGAACUGAACAGAAGAAUCACAGAAAAAUUCGUGAACACUGGAAUAUACGUGUGUAUUCCAAUAGUUGUGAUUCUUGGAGGCGAUUGUGAGUCGGAUCACCAGCUGCAAGGUCUAGUGAGACAAGGAAUCAUUUCUGAAUUCAAGAUUUUUACCAAUUAUACAAGGCAUGGAUUAGUGAAUACGGUGAAGCAAGGAUUGGAGUACCUCGCAAGUACAACUACUGGUCCUCCUCCGAUUGUGGUGGAUUAUUUAGCCACCGUCAUAUUUAAAAAUUACUUCACUUCGGAAAUUUGGCAGAAAGUUAUCUCUUCCACCCAAAGUAAUGAUUCUUUCAGAAGAUGCUUCUGUAACCCUAAUGUCGUUUUUAAUUUGUUCAACGAAGGCUUACAAAGAUUGAAACGUGUAAUCCUCGAUGAAAGUUGUUACGAAUAUGGCCGUUUUCCUAAAGAAUUUAGGCAGUUUGAAGAAUUUCUUGAGUUACCCAACGACUAUAAACAUUUGCCAGAACAACAAUGCCAUGAUGAGGAAUACAAAAACUCUAUCGAAGAAUUGUUUGACAAUGAACUGUCAGUACGACCUUUUCCAAAUUGGCCUCCCAGUAAUGAAACGGAACUGGACCAGUUACUUUGGAAUUUUUCCUGUCUGAAUUCUGCAAAUGAUCCCUCAGAAUUUUAUCGAAAAUUGUUAAACAAAUUGAGAGAAAUACUCGAUGAUGAUGUCAGUCAAUUAGGUAAUUUUAUGUGGACUGAGGUUUUGGAUCUGAUAUUUACUGAAAGAUAUUCCAAUUUCCAAAAAUGCUUUAUAAAUCAAUUGCCUAUUGUGGUGUAUCAUACUGCAACUCUUGAAGAUUUCCUAUCCAUGAAAUGGAUAAAUGUGACUAAUCCGAUAAUUAAGUCGGUGAUUGACUAUCAAGUGGAUUCUAAUACAUCAAAACAAACCGAUGUAUCUAUCAGUGAAAUCGACGAAGUUAUGGCUAGAGCAAAUCGUUUAUUGAAAUAUAACAAAGAUUGCAACAUUGUCUUGAACUUCUCAGAAUUUUAUCAAAAUAUGAACGACGUGUCAACGAGUUUGUUAGUAACUCAAAACAUUACAUCCAAAUUUACCCAAUACUUCAAGAAAACAAUGGAAGAUGAUUGAUAAAACUACCACUACAGUAGUUUUGGUCUCGCAGACUUUGAUGAGCAAAAGGAGGAAUGAAGCUAUUGGUUCCCCAAAAGGAUUGAAUCAACGUUCUGGCAGCAUUUCAGCAAUGCACUCAAGUUUUGGACUCGCAGAUUCUGAGCUUGUACAUUUCAAGAAUUAAUGAAAAUCGAAAGUACUUGACGGCCUUUGAUGUAGAUCACAUCUCAGGAAAUAUCUUUCCAGAAUUGAAAACUUGAGAUUCCAGCAUUACUUGUAUUCAAUUUUGUGAUUUUUACAAAGUUCUACGUUGUGUUCAGAUGAAAUGUAUUUUCGUUAAAAAGAAUUGAAUUCGAAAUAAUUCUGCAGAUUUGUUGCCAAAACUAAAAAUAUUUCAUAUUUCAAUAUUUUUCCAAAUUCGGGUCUUCACCCUUCAAUCUUAUUAAGCAAAUAUUUUGUGACACCCAUGCACGGAUUGCAUAUUUCAUUAUUUAUUAAGCUGUAUCAAUUUUAUCUUCCCCUUGCUUAUCACUUUGUGUAUGCCUAUUAUAAAUCAUAAAUGGUAUAUUUUUUUAUUUUGUUAACAUCGGAAACGAGUGAGAACGAAAAUAUUUUAUUACAAAAAAUGAAGAUCCUCUUAUUGGUUUUAUGAUCUUCCUCUUUCAAUUGUACUAUGCAUGCUCGAAUGCAUUAAAUUAAUGAUAGACUACUACCUGCUUUCAUCCUUGAAUUAUAGACCCAUGCGGCUAUGGAGUAUGAAAUAUUUCUAUUAUGAUAUGUUUUUACUGAAUUUUUUCAGGUGAAUAUUUUUUAACCUGUCGUUUCUAUUGAAUCAAUGUGGAAUUUAACUACUAUGUGAAUAAAGAAAUUUUACCAUAA